UCUAAGCCUUCAUCCCAACCAAAAAUCAAUAUAUGUAAGUUUUUGUACAAACUAUCAUGAGCAACAUCCCUACUUCUUUAAUCAAUUCCUCUCUUACUCUUUUCCUUCUUUCUAUUUCUUCUUCCGAUCCUUGGCCUUUUUCUAUCUUCUUAUAACACAAAAACCUCAAAAACCAAACACAAAAACCUCAAAAACCAAACCUUUUUGAUUUUUUUAAGGUUAGAAAUUUGUUAACAAUGGGUAGUGGUGAAAGACAACACAUGAACUUCCACCUCCACCUCUCCAAUCUCCUCCACCAUCACCACCACGGCCACCACCACCAUCGCGGCGGAGACAACAACAACAAGGGUGGUGUACCAAAAGGGUGCAUGGCGGUUCUAGUAGGGCAUGAAGGAGAAGGGAAACUAGAAAGGUUUGUGAUUCCAAUUGUGUACAUUAAUCACCCUCUAUUCAUGAAACUUCUUAAAGAAGCUGAGGAAGAGUAUGGAUUUGACCAAAAGGGCCCUAUCACUAUUCCAUGCCACGUGGAGCAAUUCCGUAACGUUCAAGACGUGAUUGAUCGUGAGAACCACCGUAUGAUGAACCCUCAUCACCAUCAUCAUCACCAUCAUCAUCAUCAUCACAACAAUUUCUUGUGCUUCAAGGCUUGAUUGAUUUUUCUUCUUAUUAUUGGAGGAGGUGGUGAUUAUUUUUACUUUUUUUUUAUUAUUAUUAUUAAUAUUGGGUGAUUGUGAUUUGUGAAGAUCUUGGAGAAUUUGGAAGUUUAUCAAGAUGUAAAUUUUAGUUUCUUGAUUUGUUUUCCUUUUUUGUGGGAAUUUUUAUCUUUUGGUGAGAUGAAAUUCAAGUGAUUAAUUGUAGUUGACAAUGAUGAAAAUUUGGUAAUUGAUGAUAUUAUAUGAUACUAGUAUGGACUUUUGUGAUUUAA